AACAGACGGGUUGUCAUGUAUCUGUACUAAAAUAACAACUCACUUGUAUACAUCGACUUCUUUUUUUUUAUUUCUGGUGACAUUUGGUAACUUCAUUUCAGCUGUGUGUCUUUUUUCUUUUCCAAUUUUUUCGCAUCGAAUUUAAUUUAUUUUCUGUUCAAAAAGGUCAUUUCUGAACAACGUUGCCAGUGAAAAGUUUUUUAAGCCAAUUGCCAGACACACACACACACACAUCGGCCUUCGGGCCACACAUUUUUCAGCACCGUUUUUUUAGUUGAUUUAUUUUUCGUUUCCGUUCGAUAUCAAAAUUGUGAUUAAAUUUUGAAACGGUCCCUUCGAUUGCCCGAAUUUUAAUUUAUUUUACAAAUUCUGUUGAUCAUCAUCCGUGAUUGUCGUGACACAACGGGCAAUAUCAUAGAUAUCAUAGAACCAACUGCCACACUUGAUACAACAUUCAAUAUGGCAAAUUUUAACAAUAACGAUCGCAACAAAGGUGGUUAUUUCGAUCAAUACGUGAAUUUUGAUCAGUUUCUCAUGCAACACAACAUCAACAAUUGGUCACCGUUGCGUGGCCAACAACAACAACAACAAUCUAGCCAUGGAUUCCAAAGUCCCAGCUCAUACAAUAGCAACACAUCGUUUCAUCAGCAAAACAAUUUGAAUACCCCAUUCCAUUUUCAACCUCACACCGAAUCACCUACCGGCGGUGGAUUUCGGCCGCCUUUAGAUUGGUUACAAAGUUCAAAUUUAACAGCGACCGCAUCCGAAUUCGUACCACAAACGUCACACCACAGUACGAUGCCCAGUUCAACGUUACUUGCGACGGCCAGCGAAUUUGUGCCACGCACACAACCCAUUUUUGAUAAAUCUCCCACAAGCGAAAGCAAGCAAUCGAACACUGUCUCAUGUGAUAUGGAUAAAAAUGACAGGAUAGCAGCUAAGGUUACUACAACAACUGAUGAAAACGCAUCAAAAACUGAUUCCGUGAUAGAAGCUUUAAGUAAUACACACAUUUCCGAUGGCAAUAAAGGUACGUCGAAACCGUUGAACAGUAGCGGUGGAGCCAUUAAAAAGGUCCGCAGUCAGGAUUAUCGCAACGAUUCAAGAGAUCGACAUUCAAACGGCAACCUAUAUACCAGUAAACGUCAGGAACGAUACGAUGAUUAUCGUCGACGUAAAAACGAAAAUUCACGUCAAAAUAGUGGCCGAGCCACGAAAUACGACAGCAAUCGGAACUACAGGGGAAAAAAUGAGAAUUACGAAGAGGAUUCGAUUCGCCAUAAAGAAGAUUCACCCACGAAUCACAAAAAACGGAAUCGCUACAACAAUAAAGGCAGCAACAAUCAUUUGAACGAGAAACCGAGCAAUGGUAAUAGUACGACGAACGGUGAGGUAGACAAUGGCUCCAAAUCCAAUACAAACAAAAAGAACGAAAAGUUUGAACCGAAAGAUCGCAAACGACACGAUGGGAAACCGAAUCGGAAUGGUGUUAAAAUUGAUUCGGUGAAUUGUUCGCAGCGUGAAAAAUUGAGUCGAGAAAUCGAUGCUGGUCGACUCGAAUGUUUGGUAUGCUAUGAUAUGAUCAAGCCAUUCAGUUCAGUAUGGUCUUGUUUGAAUUGCUAUCAUAUAAUGCACUUGAACUGCAUCAUGAAAUGGGCAGAGUCUUCCAAAUCUGAAGAAGGAUGGCGAUGCUGCGCGUGCCAGAACAUCACCAAGUCUUUACCUCGCGAAUAUUUCUGCUUCUGUGGCAAAGUGAAAAAUCCACAGUACAAUCGGAAUGAUAUGGCCCAUAGCUGUGGCGAUGUUUGCGGUCGAGCCGAAAACUGUUCGCACCCAUGCACACAGCUAUGUCACCCUGGUCCAUGUCCACUGUGUCAGGUGAUGGUAACGCGUAAAUGUUGCUGUGGUAAAACAUCAAAAAUGUACCAAUGCAAUCAAAAGGUGGAAUUCAAGUGUGAUCAACAAUGCGGAAAAGAUCUGAAUUGUUCGGUACACAAAUGUGAAAAGUCAUGUCACGCAGGCAACUGCGACGAUUGUGCGGAAGAGAUUGAGCAGACUUGCUAUUGUAAGGGUGAAAAGCGUACGGUUCCAUGCACAAAAGAGAAUAAAGAAUCUCUGAACUAUUCGUGUGGCCAAGUAUGUGACAAGCAGCUAAAAUGCAACAAUCACAAGUGCAAAGAGUUGUGUCAUGCCGGCGAGUGUAAUGAUUGCGAGCUACUGCCAGAUGUUGUUAAAACGUGCCCAUGCGGAAAAUCCCAAAUUGAUAAGGAGCAACGAACCAGUUGUAUGGAUCCAAUCCCAUUGUGCACAUCCACUUGCAAAAAACGAUUGACUUGCGGUCAGCCCAAUAAUCCGCACACAUGCAUUAGCAAAUGCCAUUUUGGUCCAUGUCCACCAUGCAAUAAACAAACGGCAGUGAAAUGUCGAUGCGGCCAUAUGGAUCAAAUGAUCAAAUGUGCACAGCUGUCCACCAGAGCCGAUGAUGCUCGGUGCAAGAAAAAAUGCACCAAGAAACGAAAUUGCGGCAAACAUAAAUGCAAUACCGAAUGCUGCAUUGAUAUCGAUCAUGAAUGCCCAAUGAAAUGCACGUACACGUUAUCCUGCGGCAAACAUAAGUGUGAAUCAACUUGUCAUAAGGGUCGCUGUUUGCCCUGCUAUCGAAGCUCAUUCGAUGAAUUAUACUGUGAAUGUGGUGCAAAUGUUAUUUACCCACCGGUUCCAUGUGGUACUAAACGACCGGCUUGCGAUAAACCCUGCUCGCGACAACACGCAUGUGAUCAUGAAAUCACACAUAACUGUCAUUCAGCACAAAGUUGCCCACCGUGCAUGGCCUUUACAAAGAAAUUUUGCCACGGUCGUCAUGAACAACGAAACAUAAUCCCAUGUAGCCAAAAGGAUUUCAGCUGCGGUCUCCCAUGCAACAAACCAUUGAAAUGUGGUCGCCACAAAUGCAUUAAAAUCUGUCAUGCUGGCUCAUGCGAAACAGACACUGAUGUUUGCAAACAAAACUGCACCAAGCAACGUGUGAUGUGUCCACACGCCUGCAAUGCACCAUGUCACUUGAACACACCGUGCCCAGACACUGCCUGCCGUGAGAACAUCGAAGUCUCCUGCCAAUGUGGUCUUCGCAAGCAACCCCGCACAUGUCAUGAAUUCUCAUCGGAUUUCCGUAAAAUUGCUACCGCACAGCUGGCAUCUAGCAUGGUACAAAUGCAAAAUGGUGGAACCAUUGAACUGAGCGAUGUUUUGGGACCGAUCAAAAUGACCAAUAACAAAACGUUGGAAUGCAACGAAGAUUGUCGUAUGGCUGAACGAAAUCGACGUUUAGCAAUCGGUUUACAAAUUAGGAAUCCCGAUCUGCCAUCGAAACUGCAACCCAAAUACUCGGAAUUCGUUCGUGUUUGGGCGAAAAAAGAUCCAAAAUUGGUUACAAUGAUUCAUGAUGAGCUCACCAAACUGGUGAAACUAGCAAAAGAAAGCAAACAAAAGUCUCGAAGCUACUCAUUUCCAACGAUGAAUCGCGAAAAACGUCAACUCGUCCAUGAGAUGUGCGAAAUGUUUGGUGUCGAAAGCAAGGCAUAUGAUGCAGAACCCAAUCGCAAUGUAGUUGCGAGUGCAACACGUGUCACAUCAUGGUUACCGGCAAUGAGCGUGAUGGAAACGGUCGAACGAGAAAAUGGACAGCGUCGUGUACCAGUGCCCAACAUGAAUGCAUGGGGAAUCAAACGCUAGACCAUACAUUCAAAAUAAAAUGCACGAAAAACAGAGAACAAUUCAUUUCAUCCUUCAAAAUUUCAACAUUUAUCAAAUUAUGUAAAUUUUUAACAUAAAAUAAAACCACUUUUCAAAGGAAAACGAAAUGAAAUCAAAAAACCAUAGCGAUUUGCAUC